AUGAUCAUCGAGCACCUGUUUUGGCUUGUUGCUUCUCAGACGACUCCCACGUCUUCAGUGGUGGACUUGAUACUUCCGUCCGAGAGUGUGUCUUCAUUCUUCACCGGUCGAACCUCAAAGUUGUUUGACAAGUAUGUUGACAGACUAAUCCUCGAUACUGAAAAAGUAAACCAUCUGGGACAACAUUCAGAUUCCAUCUCAUGCAUGAACUACGCUCGCAAUACCAAUGCCCUUAUUACGGGCUCAUGGGAUCGCACUAUUCGCUUCUGGGAUGCCCGCGCGUCCGCCGCACAACAGUCUUCGCAUAGUUUACCGGAGCGCGUAUACAACAUGGACUUAGUCAACAAUUACCUUGUUGUCGCGAUGGCGAGCCGACUCUUCCACAUAUAUGAUAUCCGCAAGAUGGAUGCACCUGCGCAGACGAGAGAGAGCAGUCUCAAAUUCAUGACACGAGCUCUGGCAUGUAUGGUAGAUGGUCAAGGCUAUGCCACUGCAUCUGUUGAGGGUCGGAUAGCGGUCGAGUAUUUCGACCCCAGUCCGGAGGCUCAAGACAAGAAAUAUGCGUUCAAGUGUCAUCGUCAGACGAUCGAUGGAGCUGACCAUGUAUGGCCCGUAAACUCCCUCGCUUUCCAUCCAGUGUACAAUACGUUCGCAUCUGCGGGAUCCGAUGGUACCGUAUCAAUAUGGGACCACAAGCUCAAAAAACGAUUGCGCCAAUACCCUAAGUAUCACUCAUCCGUGCCGUCUAUCGCCUUCAAUUCCAAUGGGACGAAGUUGGCUGUUGGUGUUAGCUACACUUGGGAGGAUGGAGAUGAGGGCGCGAAGACGGCGGAGCGACCCAGCGUUUACAUCAGAACAGUUGGAGAUGAAGUCAAACCGAAAGGUUGGACUGAAGGUUGA